UCGAGGACGACGCUGCCGGAAGAGGCCGCCAGGCACAAAGGCAUUUGAGGGUUGCGUUUGACGACGAAGAAGAGGCAGUCUCAAGCCUGCUCUCGCGACGCUCUUUGUGUGACAGACGAGCCAGACGAACCGCACAGAAGCCAGUCACGCAAUCACUGAAGGCCACGGCUAGAACGCGAAAGGAAGGAGGGCCGUGCGUCUCUUUAGAUAAAGACCAGCGAAAGCCAUCGAUCGCGAUAACAAUGACGGCGCAAGUCGCGUCCAAGCCGACGACGACGACGACAACCAUGUCGCAGAGUCCUACAGGCUCCCUGGCCAGCGUCGUGUCCGCACAGCCCAACGUUGCCUUGCGCUAUUCAAUUGCAGAGGCAUCCAGCUACUCGGGGUCGUACGAGCCUCACAACAUCCUCUACGAUCGCCCCCACGAUCUCUCCUCGCGAUGGUCAGGUGCAGCCGUGGCCUCGAUGUCGGCACCAAACCCAGGUAUCGGCAGCUCGUCUUCCUCGGCCAACGCGACGUCUUCAUCGUCUUCGGCCGCGCAAAGCUCAAGCUCCCCGGCUGGUGCUCGCGACGGAGCCGGGCUAUUGCUGACAACGGACCGGAUCAUGGAAAGUCGGACCGUGAUUGGAAGGCCGUCAUCUGCCAAGCCAGCCCUCAUCUCUUCAUCGGCUGCCGGCUCGGCGUCGGCGAGGCAGUACAUCAUCCUCAAGCUCGAAAAGCUCUCGGUUCUGAGAAGGAUCCAUUUUGGCAAGUUUCACAAGUCGCAUCCGUGCAACCUGCGCGACUUUCGAGUCUAUGGCAGCUCGACAACAAGAGAUCCUCACUCCAACGCCUGGAUUCCCCUGCUGAGAGGCGGCCUUCGCAAUGACUCGGUCCCCGAGGACUUUGAUCUGCGGUGGCGCAACGCAGACGGCGUGCCCUUUCCCACUCGCUACGUCAAGCUGGUUCCCCUGGCGACGCAUUUGCCCAAUUACAACUUCUCCGUCUGGCAUGUCGCUCUCGAAGGUGUCUCGGACGCCAAGCUCGUUGUUGAUGUGACAAGUGACUACCACGAGCAUCGCGAGUCGACGACGCUCCGGCUGAUUCUCAAGCACCUCCGAGCGAGGGGACACCACAGCGCAUAUAGAGUCCUGUUGCAGACGUCGCGACUCGAGGCACCCACCGGCGCUGCCAACGAGGCCUACACGCUGUCCACAAGGGCUCGCGGUCAUAGAAGACCGUUCGAGCACCCCCUGGCCACUCGCCUCUUUGAAGCGCUGAUGCAGGGCCAGUGGGACGAGGCCGAGGCCGUACUGGAGCGAGCGGCGUACGGUGACGCGCACGAGACUGGAUCCUCAUUGUUUGCGUCUUAUGUCCAAAAGUCGCUGCCCCGGCCCGUCUGGAGACCCAUCUUUGCCACCGAUAGCGAUGGUGACUCGCCCUGCGGCAGAGGAGGCCACCAGAUGGACAUUGACCCGGAGCGAGGAAUCGUCUGGCUCUUUGGCGGCUGGGAUGGCUCUCGGGACCUCGCCGACCUGUGGGCCUACCACAUUGACCAGGGUCGAUGGCGCUGCGUGAGUCGCGAUGUCAGGUACCAGAACGGACCGGGACCGAGGAGCUGCCACAAGAUGGUCUUUGAUCCGCGAACGGGCUUCCUCUACGUCCUGGGCCGUUUCGUCGAUUAUGAAAAGCAGGCAUCGACCGCAUCUCCCCAGAGACAUUCUUCCGCUACCCAACAGCAGCAAACGCAGCAGCAGCAAACGCAGCCGUCGCAGCAGAGUCGAGGCGCAAGUCCAGCAGUCGACGUCACCUCUACAACGAGCAAUCCGGCCUCAACCAGGUCUGCCGCUCGAGCUGUCUUCCUACCUGGCGCCCCUGGCUCGAGAGGUUCGCCCCAGGAAUCGCAAACAGGCGUGCCGAACGAAGAACUCUUUGCUAGUGGGCGAGGAGGCAACUCCCGCUUGUCGUCUGGCCGACUCGGGUUUUUGGGCGUCGACCGCGCCUCCCGCCAAGGUCCCACACCGACGGACCCAUCGGCGGGCAGCAGUCCAGCGGGUUCGGGUUUCCGCUCUGGAGCCGCCUCACCAACACCGGGCACCUCAUCCCCAUACCCAGGCCCCACGGCCUUGCCCGGGUACGAGUCUGACUUUUACCGCUUCUCGACGAGAAACGAACGAUGGGACCGGCUCUCGUUUGACACGACCUGCGAAGGCGGGCCCAAGCUCGUCUUUGACCAUCAGAUGCUGAUUGAUCCCGAGACGCAGCUCCUCUACGUCUUUGGCGGCCGAGUCGCACAUCCCGACCCGACCCGCGUCGAGAUGGGCGGCAUGUGGAAGUACGAUGUGAUCCAGCGCACCUGGACCUUUCUUUUUGACGACAAGACAAAUCCCGACAGCCGCAUUCCCUCUCGAGUCGGCCAUACGAUGCUGCUCGACGCACCAAAGGCGGGCAUUGGGGCGGGCAAGCGCCUCCUCUGGAUCCUUGCCGGCCAGCGUGGCCAGACCUACCUGGCCGACAUGUGGACGUACGACCCUUCGACUGGGCAGGUGCGCGAGGUGUCCAAGGACCACAGCCUGCAGAACGGCCCCGACGGUGGCUUCACGCAGCGGGCUACGCUGGACUCAAAGAUGCGCGAAAUUUAUCUAUUCAGCGGCCUGGUCCGUCGGAGCAAGAGCAAGGAAGAGCGAGUCAAGUCGGCCUUUUGGGUCUAUUCCAUCGACCACGACCAGUGGCGCCUCGUCUACGAGCACGGGUCGACGGGGAGCGCCCUCCGAAGGGAUCAAGAAGAUGCUGACGAAGAGGAAGCAGGAAUGAACGGAGACGACGACGAGAUGGACGACUCAAACGACUAUGAUGCCGGGCCACAAGCCUUUCCCGAUGCCGGCUUGGGCGUUCGCGAUUCGCAUUCGCCGUUGCCGCCCUCAUCUCCUGAUGGAGCCAAUGGAGCCGCAGCGGCUGCCGCCGCUGCUGCUGCUGCUGCCUCUGGUGGCAUCGUUGGAGCCGGGACGGCUGGAAGCUUGGGCGAGCUGGAGCCCCGUCCGCGGUAUGCAACGCAGAUGGUUUAUGAUAGCAAGCGGAAGCUGUUCUUCAUCUUCGGCGGCAACCCUGCCGAGGGAUCCAACCGCAGCGUCCGCCUCGAUGACCUCUGGUGCUUGGAGCUGGUGAGACCGAGGAUGGACGAGGUGCUGAGAAGGGCAAAGUUCCGGCUGCGUCAGCAACGCUUCCUGGAAAUGGCUGCCGCUGCCACCUCUGGCAGCCAGAAUGCGCCACAGUCAAUGGAUGCCUCAUUUACUUCGCUCGCGGGUGGGGCGGGAGCAGCAGCAACGGGGUCCGGCGGCCCUGCCGGAGGAGGAGGGCUGUAUGCGGGAAUGGGGGCGAUGCAGGCGCUCGUGUACCUGCAGACGGAGGUGGCGGCCGUCGUCCAUCAUGAAGCGCCCGACGAGUCGCAAGCCUUUCGCAAGCUGAUGGCCCAUCUCCUCAACGCGGGCGCAUCAGCGGCUGGACAAGGGGAGAAGAAUGCCCCGAUGCAAGACUAUGCCAGCCCGACGCUUGGCAUCGAUGACGACGAUGAGGCGCAUGAGCGGAGCGACAAAGAAGCAAAUGCCGACGAGGGGCUCUCUGCUCAGCCUUCGUCGUCGUCAUCGACGCGGACAGUCGCCACGAUGCUGCCUCCGGCCACUGCUGCUGCUGCCGGUGGCGGCACUGCGCAAGUCCCAUCUUCAGCAUCGCCAGACGAUCUGCCGCCUCCGUCGCCAUCUGACGAGGACUCGGAGAUGCUGAGCAUCUCGCAGACGCUCACUUCCUCUGGAGGAGGAGGAGGAGGAGGAAAGCAGCCCGCGGCCGUCUCGGCUCUGCUCGCUCCGACGCUGGGCAGCGGCAGCGGGGACCAGCGCCGCUUCUCGGCCGCACCCUCACCCACCCCAUCGUCGCCCUCGCCCUCGCUCUCGCUCUCGCCCUCGCCUUUCUCCCCCACCGCACCGCUGCUCCCGCCUGCCGAGUCGCUCGACAGCGCCACGAGCCUCGGACAGACGGCGCGCAGCUCGUCCAACAACGAAGGACGGCCGCCGUCGGCGCUGUACAAGCAGCGCACCAAGCUCUUUCGCCAGCUCCUCGAAUUCUUUCCCCCGGACCUCGUCGAGCCGCGCCUGGAGCUGGGUGACUGCGUGGAACUGCGAAACGGGCUGGGCGAGGACGAAGUCUCUCAUCGAGAGCAUUGAGACACGGCAAAUCUGGAUGAACAUGAUGGAAAAUUGUCAAAUAGGGAGAGAGAGAGAGAUAGAUGAAUGAUACAAAUACAAUCAC